AAUGGCGUUGGCGCCGUGGUGAAUCUCCGAAGGGAGACGGUGAGAACCGAUGCCGAGCGAGUGGAGUGGACAAGCCCAUGAGUUAUUGAGUGCGACGGCGCCGCUGAAUUUGGCAGCGGUCGCUGCCCGUAAAAGGAAAAAGUAUGCCCCCUAGCUCUAGGCCAACCGCGGCCGUAGAAGAGAGCAAAUGAAAUGCCCUGCCCCUGCCCCUGCCCGCCUAUCCACCGGACCAGAUCGGCUGCCGCGGCGGCGACGAUGACGACGGCGACACGCGCGCACACAUGGAUUCCUGCCUAGGCAGCAGGGGCCCUCCCAUUCUCAACUCGGAGAUGAAAAUGGAGAAUAUAUCGGGCCGCCGCAGCUGUCUUCUCCUACGUAGUUCGUCCGUUUCACCAACAGUGCCGUCUAGCUGUUCGAUGUUAUUCCUCCCUGGCCCGGCUUUUUCCGCUUUCCGGCCCACGGAUGGGAUGCCCGCGAGGCAUGCAUCAACUUUUCGCCGGUGCCAAUACGUGCACCGUUCGUAUGCACUGGCAUGUUACACCACCAUGCCAUCGUCCGAGUGUUUCCACAAAGAAAAAGAAGGGGAGACGGAAGAAGAUUAUUAUGCUUGGGUCGGUUCCCAUGUUCCGUAAGAUUUGAGCUAGUGCGCUGCUGGUUCAGAAUUCAGAUUAACAGCAAAUGGCCGCGGAAAGAAACACGGGAAAUUCCCACGGAAUCUCGUGCUGCAUAUCAUGUUGCCUACUUUUCAUUUUUUGCAAAUAGCCUCACAUUGCAACAUGGUAUGAAGUUGUAGCAUAUCAUGUCGAAACCUUUUUCAUUUUAGGGAGAGAAGCCAUACCAGAAACUCAAGAGAUAAAAUUCCGUCCCCCUUUGCUUUCGAAUAUGUCAGGAGGUAAUGGAGCUGUGCACACACGCACAGCACAGUUUCUUCCAUGUUAAGAAAAGCACACGAUAUAUUUAUUAUUUCAUACACAUAUCAUCGUCAUAUUCUGUCUGGUCCCUUUUGCCAAUCCAGUGCACCCAGACAAACAAUUUGCUGCAACAAGAAAUGAAGCUUGUAAUGGCAGCUUUCUGUCUGUAGAUUAAACUCGUGGAAUGCUGACAACAUGUGGCGCCAAAAGGGAACAUAGAGUGGCUGCAGCCAUGGACAGAAUAAUAUCCCUUCUUUUUUUUUUUUGAAACUUUGUUACACGUACUCACGUGAAAGCUUGAUUUAAAGUUAAAAGUAUUAUGUUUGUAGCUUUUGAUCUCAUAUUCUAUUUUUACUCCAUAUGCAAGUACAUUUGUCAAACAACGACUUAUGUUCCAGAUUAUUCAAGAUUCGUCAUAGGACAAGUUCUGCACUAAAAAUUUCAAUACCCUUUUCCUUCCAAAAACGCUUUCAAAAGCCUCAAAGUGUAAACAUUGAUUCACUAGUACGAAUUUAUAAAAAAUAAUAAACCAACAAAUUUAACUAGUAAAAGACAGUACAGAACGGGCUACUCAAGAAUUUCAGGUGAGAUCGUGGCGAUUGCAACCCACUGGAGGCUUUUGAGCAUUUAGAUGGCAUUAUUCUUUACUGGGAAAGUGGUGGCCUCAAAUGUCUCUUUAUUUAUGCAUCAUUCCUUGUUGCAUUUUGGUCGCUGACUUUUGUUAAUUAGGACUUGAUGUGGACUCAGUUCAAACAGUACUUCAUUGUUCUUUACCUUGUUUAAUUUAGUGGGAGGUGAUCAACUAGGAGACCGUACCUAACGACAUUCGCUGCUUGUGGGAAAGAAAUUCAGAAUUUAUAAAUAUUCCCUGCGAGAAAUAUUCCAGGUAAGAAAUACACCAUGCUGCAGAUGAGUAUGUAGUGCACUGCUAUUUAUUUCAGACCCACAUAGACAACUAAAUAUCAUAUGUAGUACUGUGCAAAAAGUUUUGCGAAAAAUCAUGGAUUCUAGACAGUGGUAGGGAUGAAAUAAUUUACAUCCUCCUGUUUACUUUGGCAUCAGAAGCUUUACUUGAAACCUGCAUGGUUCCGAAUCUUAUCGAAAUAUGUCAUAUGUGAAACAGUAAUGUUUACUAAGAAAACUAUCAUGUCAUAAAAAACCAUAUCUACAUCUACUAGGUUUGUAUGCACACUGGAUGUUCCACACAAAGAAACUGGAAAAAGAAAAAUUUGUUUCCUGUUCCUAGUAACCGAUAAAAUGUGUAAACUUUUGGGUAAAGACAACUGUUGAUAUUUCACUUGUGCAGCCUACUUUUCGGAAUAUAUUCUUUCAAACAGAACUUUGUGGAUGCUUCACGUUUUCGAAGGAUGAGUAUAUGAAAUUAGAAGAAAUAUGUGCUAAAUAAGGAAUAUGCAGUCUCCAAGGCCUAUGACACAACACAAUCAUGGCCUAUAAUCUCUAGCAAGGAGUAAAGAUUAGGUAGUUCAUAGCCAUGUAUCUAUAACAGAACUUCGUAGCCCUUCUGCGGCUCCUAUUCUCUUGGGCAAGGUAGGGACAAAAAUCACAUUUAGCCCACAUAUUUUAGCCUGAGCUGUCCCCCCAUAUAGUUAACCUCAGUGGAUAGAAAAAUGCAGCGCUAGUGCAUAUGAUUCCUUCUGUAUGUAGUGCACUGACACAAGAGGCAAAAUUAGGUGAAAAUCCUCUGCAUUAUGCUGCUAUCACAAACCCUUGGCGGUUUGUUUAGAUUUGACUUAGGCCUUUGUUUAAUCCCUUAUAAAUUUGGAUCGUCGAGAGGGGAUCAAAGCCUACCACUAUUCUGAAUUCUGAAAGCUACCCUGCGCCAUUUGUAAAAGUGGCAUCCCUUUCUUGCUAGCAGAACCCGACAAUAGCAGAGUUUGUUACGUAAAGCUGACCUCAAAGGGGGGAAAAUGACGCUGCUGAGGAAUAUUCCGGCCGAUUGGUGGUGUAAAUGUGAUGAGAUUUUAUAACGGAGAUGUAAUUACCACGGAGGAAAAGCAGCAAAAGUUCAAAAAUUCUUGGACACGGAUUCUUGUAGUUCCUCUCAAUGCACAAUUUUACAGAAUCAAUACCUUCACUGUCCAUACCUCAAAGAUAUUUCUGGAAUCUUCCUUGCUGCAGUCUGCAGAAUUCUACACUGUAUCUGCCAAGCAAAUGAGGCAGUACCACUUGCCAUAUCUGAACCUCUUGAGCUUCAGUUCCGCGUCUAAUUGCGCUUAAUUUUUUUACUGAAAAUAAUGAUAAUUCAUGUGCCACCGUGCAUUUACAAUAGUAGGAAAAAGCCUGCUGCAAAAAAAAAAGCUGCUGUGUGUUUCAUUUUUGUGCUAAAUUUAGUAUUUUCUCCAGAAGCCUCUUUAUGCUUAUCACCUGUCAUUAUGAUCUCUAGAGUUUCAGUUCCGUGCUGAAUGGCGCCUGAAAUUCUAGUGAAAAUACUUUAUUUUCAGAGUUUCGGUCCAGUGCUGAACUGCGUUGUGAAUUCUACUCUGCAUACUUUAUUUCUUGAGUUUGAGUCCAGUAUCAAACUGCGCUUUAAACUGAAAAUACUGAUAUUUACUCUGUGACUGUUUUUCUUCCGGUACAGUGUUGAAUAGCACCUUAGAUUCUACUAAAAAGGCUGACUUUUUAGUUUCAGUUCCGUGUCCUAAAUUGUACUGAAAAUACUGAUAUAUUUUUAACUCAGCUUUAAACACUAGUGAAAAUACCAAUAGUUCUCUGAUAGAGAAAAGAAAAGAAAAUACCAAUAGUUUCCGUGUCGCCGUGCAAUAAUAAUAGUACCAAUAGUUGCGUUGGUGCUUUUGAUCGCAGUUUUAUAAUGAUAAUGCAAGAAACGACUAGCCUGUCGUGCAAGAAUAGGUGCCAAAUGUUUAGCCUUUUCCUGCAAAAUAUGGGGGUUUCUCUCAGAAGAAUCUUGCUUUAGCACUGAGAGUGUGAGACAUUAAUCGCCUUUAGUUUUCGUGUAUUUUCUUGGGGGAAAGAAAAGAAAGAAGUGUUUAUGCUUAUUCCUCGUUAUUUGCACUGAUGUUAUACAUAUAUAAUCUCUGUGGAGUUGUGAUGCCAAACCAGUGGACAUUACAACGCCUUGUCAAGAUAAAAAAAAUUUGGUUAGGAAUUGGCAAAAAGGGUCCUAAGUAUUGUUUCUAUAUAUACCUGGGUUCCCUCUCCACUGCCAAGAAAAUAUAUUCUGCUGUAACCUGGGCCAUAGGGAUUACUAUUACGUACGCCCAUGUUUGUAUAUUUUGGAGCAGUAGAAAAACUGCAACAGGAAGUUAGGGCUCCUUUGAUUCAAAGGAUUUUCAUACUCCUAGGAAUUUUGGAGGAUUAGAAUCCUUAUGAGUCAAAACAUCUUUGAAAGAAUUCUUAUUUUUCCUAUGAUGCAAUCAAACGGCCAGGGAGUUUCCCCUUUUCGAAAAAAAAACAAAUCCUGUAGGAUUGAGAUCCUAUGUUUUUUUCUUUCUAUUCCCGUGUUUUCAGAAUCCUGCGAACGAAAGAGGCGAUUUCAUUUGGGUGGCUCUGGAGCCGAGCGCCGUGCGUUUGGCGCUGAGCGAGAGGAAAGAGGAGCGCGUGGAGCUGACUCGCCCGUGCGUCAUGUGGCGGGCCCAACGAAUUGGAAACCGACGGCAAGCGGGCGUUGGGUUGCCGUCCACGCGUCGGCCAUCCGGGGCGGGGCUCUCUAUAAAUACCUCUGCAUGCCUCCUUCAGUUAGCAUCCGGGCAAGAAUUAGCGCGCGCGCUCUCUUUUCUCUCUCUCACACACACCACCAGCAGAGCAGCUUAUAACUGAUUGAUUGAUCGAUCCAUCACCGUGCGUGCGUGCGUACGUACGUGACCACCAUGAGCUCCUCCGGCGCCCGCGGUGUCCGUCGAGAGUACGGCCGGACCUAUGUGGUGAGGCCCAAGGGGAGGCACCUGGCCACCAUUGUCUGGCUCCACGGCAUAGGCGACAACGGAAACAGCUGGUCCCAGGUGCUGGGCAAUCUCCCGUUGGAUAAUGUCAAAUGGAUUUGCCCUACUGCGCCAACGCGGCCCGUAGCGGCCUUCGGUGGAUUCCCAUGUACUGCAUGGUUCGAUGUGGAGGAGACUUCGGUUGACGGCCCCGACGACGUCCAAGGGCUGGACGCAUCCGCCGCACACAUAGCAAACCUGCUAUCGUCCGAGCCCUCUGAUGUGAGGCUUGGGAUAGGCGGUUUCAGCAUGGGAGCCGCCACUGCGCUCCACUCUGCCGCAUGUUAUGCUCAUGGAAGGUUCUCAAACGGUGUUGCCUACCCUAUUACCCUCAGCGCUAUCAUUGGGUUGAGCGGCUGGCUUCCCUGCUCCAGGACCCUGAGGACCAAGAUUGAGAGCUCACAGACUGCUUUCAGGAGGGCUGCUGCCUUGCCGAUAAUGCUUGGCCAUGGAAGAGGCGACGAGGUAGUCACGUACAGGAACGGCGAGAGGUCGUCCGAGUUUCUGCGGAAUUCGGGCUUUUCGUACCUGAAUUUCAAAGCCUACAACGGACUGGGCCAUCACACCAUCCCUGAGGAAAUGGACGAUGUCUCCAAGUGGCUCAGGGCAAGGCUCGGGCUUGAUCGCUCUUGCGGCUAAUUAAGUGGAGAAGCUUGUGCCUUGGUGGCUGACACAUGACAUGAGAGAAAUGUAUUGACACUAUAGAGGAGGAGAAGGUUGAUAUAUAUAGGUUAAUCAUAUGAAGAGAUCACGACCGGCAUGUGUUGAUAUAUAACUCCUCACUACUGAAUUUCAUGUUACACUUAUAUUGUACUACUAAGAGUUGUACCCCAGUUAUACUGUUUGUUUUGAUUGAUCACACCAGUAAUUUAUGUCGAUAGCUUCUAAUA